AUGAUACUAAAUGGAAAAACGAAUAUUACACACUUACCGGAUGAGAUGUUAUGGUUGAUCUAUUCACAGCUGGAUAUUGUUUCGCAGCUCAACUUGUCCAGUGUUUCGAAACAGUUUCGAAGAAGUUACAUCACAUUCCACAAGAAAUACUCAUGUGUUACCUUUCGAGGUUCACAAGCUCAAUGGUUUAUGAUUGAAAUCGAGACCGGGCAUGAUAAAUGGCGCAGAGAAUUUUAUUCAAAUUACCAGAAUAUUACAGAAAUACGAUCUAUAAGGAGUAACGGACGUGAUAAUACGAAAAUUGAAGAAUCUCGAAGGAUGCGUGGCAUUCGACCUGACAAACUGGCUAAACUACAUUUUAAACUCUUUUUACACAACAGCCGUGUGGAUAGUUUGCUUGUUGGCAUGACAUUAAUAUUUGAUUGUUUAAUUGAUAAUAAUAUAAGGACGGACCUACUAAUUAUACCAUAUAUGAAACAAACUGAAGUUAUCAUUGAUCACUUGAGGCCGUCAAAGCUCUUCAUUUCACACAUUGAGAAUAAUCUAUAUCCUAUUAACAGAAAGAUUAUAAAAAACCAACUAAGUCGAUUACAAAUACAAUAUGCUGGUCCAAUGAAAGAUAUCAAUGUUAAUGAUUUCAUUACAUCGAAUAUUCGUUCACUCAUUAUUACUUCAGAUAUAGAUUACUUCACGGUUGAAGAACUAGUCACCAUAUUAAGAGCAUGGAGGAAUCAGGAAACAAAACUUGAGGAAAUCACAGCGUCUGUAACAUUCAAUGAAGAUCUCAGGAAUUAUGAUGGCUUUGAGACUUCAGAGCUGUUCAAUUCGAUGUGCGAUGAAGUAGCCAAGUUUGAAGUUUCUUUAGAAGAAUGGUUCUGGAGAAUUCAUCAGCUCCACACGAGUCGAAAAGCUCAUUUAAUAUGUUCUUAUAAAAACGUGAAGUUUUGUGAAAUACACUGA